GCGUCUUUGUGCUCUUUGCUUUCCUGGCCCUGCCGCUGUCCAUGGCCUUCACAGGAAUGAAGUUUCUGGAGGACUGCCCUAUCCAGCCCCUCAUUCCUUUAUAUUUGCUAGUGGGUGGGAUCGUCGGUACCUUAAAGGUAUCUCUCCUGCUCUAUGACUCCACCAGGAUGAGGCGGCUUCUGUCCAAGGCCGUGGUGAUCGAUGAUGAUGAUGACGACGAGUAUCCCUGGAGGCAGAAUGCACACAAAUACUACAUCCACCUCAUCCUCAGCCUUUUCCUCUUCCUCUGGUUCAUCCUGGGAAAUUACUGGGUCUUUUCGGUGUUCCUGCCUGAUUUUAUUGCCCCUUUCCAGCAGCCUCAAGAUUACUGUGACAAAACCCUGUACCUGUUUGCGGUAGGGGUCCUCCUGCUCAGUCACACUGUGCUGGCCUUACUCAUCCUGUGCAGCGGCUGUGUCUAUGUGUGUUCCAGGUGGAGAUUUGCUGCCAGUGAAGACUGAGGACCCCGCUCUCCAGCACAUCUGCCUGCACGUGCACAGGCGCACCACACACACAUGAGCACACACGCAUACACAGUUUCAGGAGAAGGACAUGUCGUAAAGCCCAAACCUACCCUACAGGCAUUUAAGAAACUACCGAAAUGCACUGAAAAAGAACAAAAACAAGCUGGAUGGAGAGGAAGGGGGAGCAGGGACAGGGGAGAAGAACCCAUGAUACCUAGAGUGGGCCAGGCUAACUGUACCUGCUGGACAGGGGAAAAGCACUUUUACCCCUUCCAGAGUAGGAAUUCUGAGGGGAUAAGGAGAGGAAGGCAAGAAAUGGGGGGCCCUUUUAAAUCAGCACGAUGACUGUUACUCAAGUUUGAUGUUGCUCCUGCUGCUGUCAUUCAGCCACUGGCACCAGGAGGUUUUAGAAAGAGCACAGGCUGUCAGACUGGACGGAGCUUCACUUGCUGUGAUGACUUCUGUUACGGAAAGGAGAAAGAUGCUCUUUUAAUGACUCCAGCUGCCUUUGG